CCGUAGACUUGCUUAUAUCCACGCGGAUUGGCUGCAUGAAAUUUAGUUCCCCUUUGGACCUGCCAAAAAAAUUUCGGCUUUUUCAGUCUGACAUACAUGCAACGCAUGAUGAGAUUGAUUGACAUUGGCGCAAACUUGACAGAUCCCAUGUUCCGAGGUCUUUACCGAGGAAAACAAGCUCAUGCAGAUGAUUUCAACUUGGUUUUACAACGUGCACAAGAGGCGGGUGUCAAGAAAAUGUUUAUCACAGGAACCAAUUUAGAAGACUCUAAAGAAGCCAUUGAAAGUAUCAACAGCCACAAAGAGGCUACCGGCUUUUUAUACUCUACCGUCGGCUGUCAUCCCACGAGAUGCUCCGAGUUUGACGAAUACAAGGAUGGACCUGACGCCUAUUUCGAGCAAUUACUUGACCUUGCCCUAAAGCAUCCUUCUUCCGUCAUUGCUAUCGGUGAAUGUGGUCUUGAUUACGAUCGUCUUCAUUUUUGUGACAAGGAAACACAAAAGAAAUACUUUCGAAAGCAGUUUGAUCUCGCAGAAAAGACAAACCUACCCAUGUUUCUGCAUAAUCGCAACACCGGCAACGACUUUUAUGACCUCGUCAAGGAAAACAGACACAAAUUCAAACACGGUGUAGUGCACUCCUUUACAGGUACCCGAGAAGAAAUGCAAAAGCUGUGUGAUCUUGGACUGUACAUUGGCGUGAAUGGUUGUUCGCUCAAGACACAGGAAAACCUAGACGUCGUCCAAGCGAUACCAGAAGACCGUUUGAUGAUCGAAACCGAUGCACCGUGGUGUGACAUUCGACCGACACAUGCUUCUUACGCACAUUUGAAGAAUAUACCAGAACAGGACCUCACCCUCUAUUCACCACCGAGCAAAAAGAAGGAAAAGUUCGAGAUGGGGCUCAUGGUGAAAAGCAGAAAUGAACCAUGUACACUAGGACUCGUACUCUAUGUGGUUGCUUCUCUCAAAAACAAGGAUCCCAAAGAACUAUCUGAAAUCAUUUGGAACAACACUUGUCGAGUCUUCAAUACAGUUUAGUAAUAGAACAUGUCCAUCUUUAUUAUAUUGAAAGCAAUA